CUUGCCCUCCUCUAGCAUCCGUGACGUGUGCAGUGCCCAGUGACGCUAAGCCUGGGAGCCACUCAGGCGCUUGCUCCGGGGGAGCUUCCCAGGGUCCUGCGCGUGCGUAACGCCUCCGGCCCUGCCUUCCACCGCCUUAGGAGUGAGACAUGGUGCUGUCGGAGCUGGCAGCGCGCCUCAAUUGCACUGAGUACAAAAACUGGGUGAAGGCAGGACACUGUCUGCUGCUGCUACGCAGCAGCCUACAGGGGUUCGUCCGCCGCGAAGUGCUCUCCUUCCAUCGCGGACUGCUCGCCGCGGUCCCCGGCCUUGGUCCCCACGCCACCUGCCGUGGCGGCUCCCGGUGCAGCCCGCGCGCUCGCCAGUUUCAGCCUCACUGUCAGGCGUGCACCGAGUGGAAGCGCGAGAUCUUGAGGCAUCACAUCAACAGAAAUGGAGACGUGCACUGGGGAAAUUGCCGGCCCGGCCUCUGGCCCGUGGACGCUUGGGAGGUGGCCAAGGCCUUCAUGCCCCGAGGACUGGCAGACAAACGGGGACCUGAGGAAUGUGAUGCGGUUGCCCUUUUAAGUCUCAUCAAUUCCUGCGAUCAUUUCAUGGUUGACCGGAAGAAGGUCACAGAGGUGAUUAAGUGUCGGAAUGAGAUAAUGCACUCCUCGGAGAUGAAAGUAUCAUCUGUAUGGCUUCAAGAUUUUCAGAUGAAGAUCCAAAAUUUUCUAAACGAGUUCAGGAAUAUCCCAGAGAUUGUAGCAGUAUAUUCCAGGAUAGAACAGCUGCUGACGUCUGACUGGGCUGUUCACAUCCCUGAGGAAGACGAACGAGAUGGCUGUGAACUUGAAAUAAGAGGUUACUUGAGUGUGAACCAAAUCCAUGAAAUCGAAAUGGAAUUGCUGAAGGAAAAACUACAAGAGAUGUACCUUCAAGCAGUAGAAGAAGAGGCGUUGCCCGAAGAGCUCUCGAAUCAACUGGAUGCAGUGAAAGGAUUCCUGAGAAACAACACCGAUCUUAGAAAUGGCCUUACAGAAGACAUGAAGAAGCUAGACAGCCUUCAUCUACAGCAUCAAAAACCAAUUUCAAAGGACGUGGGGAGACAGACCCCCUGAAAGGAAAGCUUGAAGUGAGUUUAGGUACCAGAUGUUAAAGAGGGACGCAAUUGCCUCAUCCCUUUGAUGUCUCUCUUAUGGGAAGCCACAUUGAACCAACAGUCUCCCUUGCUUUUUUUUUUUUCCCUGUUCCCUUACAAUUACAAAGGAAGGCCGGCUAUGGUGGUGUACACCUUUAAUGUCAUCAUCUGGGCUGGGGGGGUGGGAGACCGAUCCAGGUGGAUCUCUAUGAGGCCAAGGCCGGUCAGGUCUACAGGGCAAGACCCCCGUCUUGAAACAAACAAAACAUCCAAACCUCUCCAAAAGGCCGGACAGCUGGCCAAGUGCCCAUUGUGUGGUUAAGGACUCACAUAUCUGUGAAGCCUCAACUCUGCAGCAUGUCAGCCAAAUAUACCCGAAGCCAAGGUCUGCUGUUAGCUGACCCUGUAUAUCAUUUGUAACUCAGUCAGAAAGCAUUCUGCCCACAGGUGCUGCCAGGGAAGGCCAGCCCCUGCUGUGGCAUUAAUUAUGCUUGGCUGGUGUACAUUAGAAAGCUGAUUAACAUAAGCAGCUCUAUUUUGUUGGUUUUUUUUUUCUCCCAAAUAAUAUGAAUGAAAAUACUCUCUUUUAUUUUACAUGGUCCCUAGGCAAGAUCCAGGCACAUUUUGUGAAAGUCAGCCUGGCCUCUGGGUCAGGCAUCCUCUGAACAAAAGGAAAACGUUUCCAUGAGUUUUUUUUUUUUUUUUUUUUUUUUUUUUUUUUUUUUUUUUUUUUGUCGUCCUGGCCUUUCCCAUAGUGCUUCAGAGAUACUUUCUUCAUAUUCACCGACUCGGAAUUGUGUGAGGUGUAGUCAGAAAUACCAGUCUCCUGCUGGUUUGGUUUUUUUUGUUUUGUUUGUUUUUUUUUGUUUUGUUUUGUUUUGUUUUUUGUUUUUUGUUUUUUUGCUAUCACCCAGGGACUUUUUGCUGUCUCUAAGGUGAGUGUUUCCUGGUCCUAAACUGUAGCUGGUGAGGACUAGGUCUGUGUGAAGGAGUGACCUGCUCCCGGCAGAGCUGUAUGCACUCCCUGCUUCUGCCUUGAAGUUUUACUCUGACGGGGCCAAAGAGUGGGCUGGGGUAUGUGACCAAAUUUAUUUUUUUCUUCCGAUGAAGGUAAAAGAAAAGUGGCUGUUUUGUACUAUUUCUCCUGAGCGUGGAACUGUUGCUUCUGGGCUCGAGUAGCCGUGGACAGCAAGGAAGGGAAGGCCAGGCUGCUCAGUGGUAGGCUAGAGAACAGUUUGACUGAGUAAUGGCAGGGAAGGGCCCAGACCACUGUCCCAGAAGGGAUCUCUGGAAAAGGUCAGUUGUUCGUUUUCUGGGGACAGGGCACAGAUGAGAAGCUAAACUCUACCAAAGUUGAGAUGGCUCAUACCCGUGGUGACCUCAACCACUUGGAAGGCUGACAUGGGAGGAUCCCAAGUUCUAGGCCAGCCAGGGCAACUUAAUGAGACCCUAUCAAACUAAAAGCAAAUCAUAAAGAGGUGGAGGUAUGGUAUGUUUGCAGAAUAUUUGCUUACUAUAGCAGGCCCUGGAGUUGGUCCUCAGCAUCCUGUCCCCCAAAGACGAAGCAGACACCCCUUGGUUCCAGUGCCUCCUGAGCAGUGUGCCCCCUGUGCCGAGUACAGGCCCUAGGCCUCAUGCUCCAUGAGUGCUUGCUUGUGAAAAUGCUAGUUACACCCUUAGCUAAGCCAGCUUUCAUUCUGUAAAAUCUGAACUUUCAUCAUUCUUACAGAUACCCGAACAAAUCACUGGCUCUAAACAUAGUCAUAAACUCAUUCACAACGCCUCUAUUUCCUCUCUUGAUUCCUGAACAGUUGAGGAGCCUUACCAUUGCAUGCUCUGUUCUUGUGGGAGUCAGAUUCACUUUCCCUCCAUCUGCUCAUUUCCAAGGCCUGUGGCACUAGACUGUUUUAUGUCACUUCUGGACGUUGCUGUAUUCCCAAAACUACCUGGAAGAAACACUCCAUGCCAAGGCUCAGCCAAGAUGAGUUCAUUCCCUCACUUGGCCACCUGCCUGUCCGAGAGGGACCCUGCGGAGAAUGGGUUGUCAAUACAGACUGGAUUCAGCAUGUAUUUUGACUUCAGAACCCAGUCAGUGCAAAUGUGCCUGCAGCUUGCUGAUUUAAUCUUCCUGAUUGCUGUUUGUUUUUCACUCUUACGUCCUCAUUCUUCCUAUAUUUGUGAAGUUCCUUGAGAAGACUUCAAGAGUAAAGCAAAAUUUUGCAUUUAUUUUUGUCAAAGAAAAAAAAAAAAAAGACAGUCGUGAAAUAGCUAUUCCCGUCUAGAUCUGAACUAGAAAACAUGGAGUCUUGAUUUCCUAACCCAUGAAGACGCGGCUUCUAACUGUAGCAAGUUUGAGAUUGGGACCUUUCAUUUUACACCUGUGUCUAAUUUGUCCUUACCAGUCCAACACACACUUACCAAAUGUCAAGCCUGUGCCAGCCACUGAAGCUGAUGCAAAUGUAAUGAGUGGUGACAUCCUGUCUGACUGCCUUUGUUUUCUACUGUGACAAAUCAAAGGUAUUGUUCAGGAAAGUUGACACAAGUAACAUUCCGUUGAACGGAAACAGAAGAGAAGACACUUAAUUAAAAAGGGCUCUAAAGUAAGUGCGGCCUCUCCAGAGGCAUCAUCCUGUAGACAUCUCUUCAGCAGCACUGCGCAUCUGGACACAGGGUCUGUAUGAACGGACGCUUCCCACAGCAUUCGUACCCAGCCACUAGUAGAGAAGCUGCCAUAUAACUGUUCGAGAGAAGGCGCCCAGGCUGCAGUGCAGGAAUACGAAGUGCCUGUAAGACAUCCAAAGGAGCGGUUUGGGAGGGUGGGGUAGAGUUCCAUGGGGGGGGGGGGGGCACUUGCUUGCCCAGCAUGUAUGAGGCCUUCAGUCGGAUCCCCAUUCCCCUACCAAAGGCAAAUAGAAAAGCGAAGUAUUUAAUAAUACGCAGCAUGCUGUAGCGCUGUUUUGUAUGGUAUGAGAACAGGCCUGGAAAGGUCUGGUUUUUUUCCAAGUCUGUAUGCUGUCUGUUAUAUCUGGGAGAGGAAUUGUCGCUGUGGGGAAUGGUCAGAAGGAAUUUAGCUCUUUCUAUUUUGUAUAAUCUCUUUGUAAUAAACAUGUACUCAUAUACUUUGACAUUUUUAUUAGUUUUUAACUUUAAAACAAUACAUAUGAACGACAUAUACCAAA